CAUAUCAAUUGGGCAAAUUUAAAAAAAAAAAAAUUGUGUCUAGAUUAGAGCCCCACCGAUAUCGGCCAACUGAUUUGAGCCUUUAAAUGUGCAUUUAUAUUUUACAUUUUAUGUAAAAUACAUGUUUAUUAUAAGUUCUAUGUCUUAGGUUUGUAUUUGUAUUUUCAAUUCAUAGUUAUUUAUGAUAAAUGGUUAAACAAAAAUAUAAUUUAAUAUAUUUUAAUUUAUAAAUAUUUGAUAACAUCAUUUUAGAAAUCAUUGACAGAUUUUAUAUAUAUAUAUCGGCCGAUGUAUCGUAUCAGUAAUCUUGUACUCCCUAAUAUCGAUAUCGCUCUAGUCUGGAUUUAAUGGCAUAUUAAUAUAGUUAUUGUUAUUUAUUUCAUUUCUUCCCUACAAACAAUUCCUUUACAUUUUUCUCUAUGAAUAAAAUAACGGACAGUUAUUUUCUAUGAAACAUUAAAAAGUGACAUCACUGUUUCACAGAUUCUCUUAUACAGCAAAAACCAUUCUAUUUAUUUGAAUGUAAAACCAAUGGCUGAUGUGUUGAUGGAGGAGGAGGUUCUGUCCCGACGAAGCAUCUGCUGUCGGUGUUGAUCCUGUUAUCUCCUCAGUGACCUCUGACCUCUCAGCUGCUCCAGAGGAUUAGAGGAUCAGAGCGGAGCAGUCGACGCAGACGAUGGAGCGGAGUGGACGCUCGCUGCUGCUGCUCUGCUGGCUGACGGUCAGCCUGGUGACGGCUCAGGUCCGCCACCCGCUGCCGGUGCUGUGGAUGAUGCCGGUUGGCUCGGGGUCGGGGUCGGGGAGGGAGAACCUGACGGCCGGCGUGACUGCAGCCGUCACACUGGCUCUGAAGGACCUGACGACACGAGCAGCGCCGCUGGGGAACUAUGAGAUCCAACUGCAGCUGCUGGACUCACAGUGUGAUCCUGCGCAAUCGCUCAAAGCUCUGUUUGAUGCCAUGUGGGCGGGGCCGAAGUACCUGAUGGUGUUUGGAGGAGUGUGUCCAUCCGUGACGUCACUCAUCGCUCGCUCUCUGCCAGCUCUCAACCUGGUGCAGGUGUCGUUUGAUGCCCCGCCCCCUGGCCCGGCCAACAGGAAGUGGUACGGGAACUUGUUCAGCACGAUGCCGUCCGACCGAGCUGUGAACCAGGCCGCGGUCAAACUGCUGCAGCGCCACAAGUGGACCAGAGUCGGCAUUGUCACGCAGGAGACGCCCAGACUGUUGCAGAUGAAGAAGGAUCUGAUGCGACAGCUGCUGAAGGCCGACGUCCAGACAGUUUCCACAGAAAGUCUCUCUGACGACGUCUGCAGCAGCGUGAAGACGCUGAAGGAUCGUGACGUGCGGAUCAUCAUCGGACAGUUUGAAGAAGAUUCAGCCUCUGAGGUUUUCUGCUGUGCGUACCGGUUGAACCUGUUCGGAGCUCGGUACCAGUGGAUCGUUGUUGAUGGAGGAACCGGCGGCUGGAGGCCGGGGCGGCCGGUCUCUGACUGUACGGCCGACAGCGUCCUGACGGCCGCAGACGGAUCCAUCAGGCUGCAGAUCAGACCGCUCGGGAAGAAAACCACAGCGGGAGUCUCCGGACGGACUCCUCAGAGCUACCAGGAGGCCUACCUCGGACAGCUGGUCCAGGACCGGUCACAGCCCCGCCCCCUCCACGCCUUCGCCUACGACGCUGUCUGGGUCGCCGCCUCCGCCCUGGGUCGCGUGACGGAGGCGGCGAAGCACCGGGAGAGGUACGACACUCAGAGGAACGUGACGCUCAGCGAGGAGGAGGAGCUGAAGCUGCUGCUGGAGGCCGUGAAGAACACGCAGCUGGAAGGUGUCACGGGACCAGUUUUCUUUCGUAACGGGGAGAGAAUGUCGACGACGGAGCUGAUCCAGCUUCAAGGCAGCAGUGGUGUGUUGGUGGGUGAGUUCAGUUCAGCCAGUCAACAGCUGCGACUGCGGAACCACCUGCUGAAGUUCAGAGGUCCGGGGCCAGCCAGAGAUCAGAAUCUGCUGCGUCUGCAGCGACGACACGUGAACCUUCUUCAGUACGGCAUCGUGUCCUCGGCUGCAGCUCUGACCAUCGUCAUCACGCUGAUCGUCCUCUUCAUCGUCCUCCACCGCAAACACUGGCUGCUGAAGUCGAGCGGCGGAUCCCAGGAUGAGCUGCUGCUGCUGGGCCUCCUGCUCUCGUCCUCCUCCGUCCUGCUCUCUGCUCCAGACGGAGCCUCUGUGUCUGACAGGACGUUUGAGAUUCUCUGCUCGGCGCGUCUGUGGACUCUGUCUGCGGGUCAGACUCUGAGCGCCGCGGUGCUGCUCAUCAGAACGUGGACUGCGUACUUUCUCUGCUGCGUCAGACAGAAGCUCCGGCGGAGUCGUCAGCCGACGCACUGCCUCCUGCUCGGGAUGCUCCUGCUGGAGGCGUUGGUUUUAACCACCUGGCAGAUCCUGGACCCCCUCAGACGGGUGGUGCUGCAGCAUCGCGCAGAGUCGGACCCGUCGGACCCGGACGUCGUGCUUCAGCCGUUCUCUGAUCACUGCAGCAGCAGCAACGUGGAGCUGUGGCUCAGGGUCGUCUGUGGCUACAGAGGCCCCCUGCUGGGUCUUGGAUGUUUCCUGGCCUGGAACAUCAGGUCCACGCAGGUUGGCCAUGUCAGCGGUCAACGUCUGGCGCUGAGCGUGUUCGCUGUGACGGCAUUCGGGGCGUCCGGAGCGACGGCGUCACUACUGACGUCCCACAAUCCUCCCGUUCACUUCUGUCUGAGCGGCGCCCUCGUCCUCGGCUGUAACGUCUGCGUCCUGAACUCGCAGUUCGGACCGACGAUUCUACACGUGUCGCUGAACGGCAGCGAGACGCAGCCGCCGUCAGAGGUGGAGGAGGAGGAGGAGGAGGAAGACGAGCAGCUUACCAGGUCCAACCUGCUGCUAAAGAGCCGAACUUCGCAGCUCGAUGUAGAGAUAGAAACCAUCACCACGCAGCUGUUGGAGUCCGAGAUGAGAACAAACAUCGCUGAGGUCAGAUCUGUGAGUUGGUUAGAUGAGGAUCUGAGAGUCUGUGCUGACGACAGAAGCUCCGGGAGGAAACGUCCACAUGACGUCAACUCUCCUGAACUCAUGUGGCGGCGUCUGUCCGUGCAGUUGCCGAUCCUCCAUCUCUCCUACCUGCCAGCUAUCGGCGGCGUCAAGUCCAGCAGCUCCAGUCUGUUUGGCAGCCGGGACGCCUUCAUCCACCACCACGAGGCCUCUGUGACCACGAGAAGGUCCUGUCCACCCGACGACACGCACCUGGAGCCAGGUGACUGCUGAACCAAUCAGACGGCAGCUGUGACCUUCAGAUUGUGAAUUAUUAUAUAAACGAUUAAACACGAGCGACAGAGCAGAGCUGAAUUUAUUCUUACAGACACUGUGAGACUGUUGCUGGUUCUUAUAUGGUUUAUAAGACAAAUAAAAUUUUGAGGACAGGGAAGAGCUGGAAUGUUUCCAGCUGCUGCUCAGUGUCGUCUCUUUCCUCCUGCAAGGGAGUUAAAUUAAAAAAAUUAUGAAAUCUGUCCAAACACGAACUUUAACCCACAUCAUGCAAAUCAACAGGCAGCGGACGGACGGACAGAACUCCUCACUGAGGCCGUUGAUGGUCGGUUUAAGCUUGUUUGUGUUACCAUAGAGGGCGGUGCUGCUCAGGCUACUUGGCAAUCCCAACCACCUCCGGAGAUGGCAGCUUAUCUCAAAUCCCCCGACAAUGGACAGUGGAAAUUCAUACACCAGCGGCAGCCACAAGAUCCUGGGAAGGAUGCCAUGGUGGUAUGUCCAGGCUUUGAACUUGCCUGGUAGACCCGAUAUGCCGACCACUGUCAGCCAAUCCUCGUGCUCAUGGUUCGUCGCUUUGACAGAAGUGGCGUCCUUCAGGGUGCAGUCAAGGGUUUUCCGAGACUUUUUGUUGGUUUCUCUGUAAUAGACGGGAUCCGGGAGCCUCCGAUGGAGAAGUGGAACUUGUAAGUCACCUUCCCUCUUUUCAGUACCAAAUACCUGGAGUUUGCUGGCUUAAAACACAUCCGCACCCAGGUGGUUAGCCUCUCCAGGCACUGGAGCAUCCGUCUGCAUCCUGUGACAGACAAUGUUGUUACUGGUAAGUCAUCCAUAAAGGCUCUGAUAGAGGGCUGUCGGACUCCAGACUUGGUAUUGGGCUCCUACACUCCACCUCGGUUGACUUGACCAGCAUAUUCAUGACCAGGGCAAAAAGGGUCACUGACAUGGUACAUCAGGUGAUGAUCCAGUCAUUGCCGCUUGGAUGUGACUGGUGUGAAGUGAACCCCAGAUUAAAGUUAUCAUAAUAAUCCAUAAUGAGGUCCUUUAUGUUGUUUGGGAUGUGAUGCCACUCUAAUACCGUCUCCACUAGCUUAUGGGGUAUGGAACCAAAAGCAUUGACAAGGUCUUUUCCUUCUCGUGCUUCUCUGAUCAGCUGGGUCACCAGGCAUCCUGGAACGCCUGGAAUUCCCCCCUUCUGCAUAGGGGAGUCAAUGUAGUGGGGUUUCAGGAGUUGCUCUGUUAGCCUUUAAGCAACAAUACUGAAAAAGUCCUUCCCCUCGACACUGAGCAGUGAGAAUGGUCCUAACCUGCUUGAUGUUGGUUGAGUUCUCCUCCUAUAGGAACCAAACACCUUCUGCAAAUCUACAUUGUUGGGCUACCUUCCCCUCCUCUAGAUCACCCUCAGGAUUUAACACAGCUGUUGCAUUAGCAUGGGACAUCUUUUGUACACAAAUUACAGGACUCUACUGGGUCCAGGUGCUGAGCUGGAUCUGGCAGCCUUCACCACAGAGUUUCAUUCCAACUGGGCUCUCUGAUGUCGAAGUCAGUGAUUGAGUUAGGUGGGUUGAUCAAGGCUUUACAUUCUCCCUGUAGGUGUUCGCAGGAUGGUUAUCCAUUUUCUCCUUUGGGCAUGUGAGGUGGCCGCUGUGCUUUUUGCCUAGCAAUUGUCUGGUGAACCUAAAGGGAUUUGCUAGGAAGGCAAUGCGCUUCCUGGUUCUCUCCUUAGUCUCCCUCCGACGCCACUCUUCUCUACGGAGAGUCAUACGUUUCCUCCUGAGGAUGUUGCAGAGUUCUGCCAGCCCAUUUUUCUUAUCUUCACCUGUGCAUUUGAACUGCCUCUGCAGAAGCUGCAGUUUGUGUCACAGCUGCGAGAUCUUCUCUGCUCUGUGGUUCUUGGUGUAUUGGCCUUUGGUACUGCCCUUCUCCCUUGUACAAAACCCCUCAGAGCCAAGUUUGAUGAUCAUGGUUGCCACUGUUUGUAGUCUCCUUGUCUGCCCUCCCUUUCAUGGUUGCUUUCAGGAUGCUGUCCACAUCAUCGUCGAAUUGGCACCACUCACUCCCUUUGGUGGCGCGAGGCCAGUGAACCCGCAAGUGGUGUUGUGCAAUGUUUGUUGGUGCUUGGGCUUCUGGAGCUCGGAGGUUCUGGCCACUGUGGGUUGGCACCUGGCCUGGCUCCCCCUGGUCUCACCAAGGUUACUCCUUCUGUGACCUCGACUAAUGCAGUCAUUUCCAUUUUUCAACAUGACACAUUGUUUAACUGUAACUGGUUACCUAACGUUUGAAAGUGUGGUCUUAUUUACU